AUGACUGUUGCUGAGUAUGCUCGUAACUUUGAUGACUUGUUUCAUUUCUCUAAGAUCUGUCAAGGGAAUCCUACUGACUUUGAAGAAUGGAAGUGCUUGAAGUUUGAAGGAGGUCUUCGUGAUGAUCUGAUGAGUUCAAUAGUUCCACUGGAGAUACGUAACUUUGCCGAAUUAGUCAAUAAGAGCAAGUUAGUGGAAGAAUGUAUUAAGAAACACAAGAACCUACAAGUUGGUAACAUUACUGCUCACCCUACGGGUAAGAAUGAAGGUAAAAUAAGGCAAGGCAAUGGUAAACGAGCCCAUCAGGCAUACAUAAACUCUGCAUGUAAGCAAUGCGAAAAAGAGCAUGGUAACAGGUCUUGCCAGUUUGGAUCACCUAACUACUAUGCUUGUGGAGAACCUGGACAUAUUGCCAAGGAUUGUCCAAAGGGGUUUACUCAAAAUCCAGUUAAAACCCAACAACAAGGACGAGUAUUUGCUAUCACUAUUGAUGAUGUUGUGCAAUCGGACGCCCUCAUUCAAGGUCAGUGUUAUGUCAAGAAUCGAUUUCUAACUGUACUGUAUGAUUCGGGUGCAUCGCAUUCCUUAUUUCUCUAA